AUGGCGAUCGCACUGGUCCAAUCAAUCCACAACUGCGAGCUCAAGAUUCAAAUCCCCCAUCCCAUUCCCGAGGUCUCUUCCAAACAGUCACUGAUAUCGGACCAUAAAAGUCAAACAUACAAGACAUAUAUGGAUGGUUAUCAUCUCAUCAAGCGAACUGUGGACUGGAUGAUCGAUGCAUUCCCCCCGGACAAAGACAAGCAAAACUCGCUAAUAUGUCCCAUACAAUAUGCAUAUGAGGUAGUGUUGUCUAACUUCCCACAGACAACGCUCCUUUUGUCAAGUGCCGAUCCUCUUAUCGUGUGUGACGAGAGCCCUGGAGAGGUGCUCGGGCUGAGACUGCAGCAGGCUGGUGUGGAAACUGCCAAAAGCAAGGCCGAGGGCAAUGCUUCAUGA